CCGCCGUCGGUUCCGCCCGGCGCGGUUCCGGUUCCGGUUCCGGCGUGCGGACAGGAGGACAUGGCGGCGCUCGGACGGGUGUCCCGCCUGCUGCUCGGCGCGGCCGCCCCGCGCUCCCUGCCGGCGCGCGGCAUGGCGGCGGCCGCGGCACACGAGGAGGGCGGAGCCCGCAUGUGGAAGACCUUGACGUUCGUGGUGGCGCUGCCCGGCGUGGCCGUGUGCAUGCUGAACUGCUACCUGAAGGCCCAGCACGAGCACGAGCGGCCCGAGUUCGUGCCCUACGCCCACCUCCGCAUCCGGACCAAGCGUUUCCCCUGGGGUGAUGGGAAUAAAACUCUGUUUCACAACCCCCACGUUAACCCUCUCCCAACUGGUUAUGAAGAUUAAAACCAAGAUCCUGACAACAGCCAGAACUUUGGCUCUCCCCAUCUUGAACCAGAAUGUUGAGUGGGAGCCGUUUCUGGGGUCACAGUUUCAGAAACUCUGUUUCCUCUGCGAUGAAGCUGAGUGGUGUUGUGGCCCCCGUGUGUACCUGUGAUGGGGUCCUUUAAAUAAACAGUUCUGAACGUGA